GCUUUGAGUUCAUUGUUGUGUUUGAGAGCAAAAUGUCUGAAGCGUUGACUCUUUGACGACAAAAAUGUCUUUCACUUAAUCCGCGAUUAUCUCUACGAAGACAAUGUCCAACAGACCGGCCGACGGUCCGCGCGCUCCCUCUCUGGGCAUCACUUCUCCCAUAUCUGUGACGGAACCGACGGACAGCGAUAUGCAGGCGUCGCGAGAGCUCGAGGAAUGUCUUCGCGCGUUCGGUCUCUUCGAGUCGGAUCAGGAGAUGGAGCACCGGAUGAACGUGUUGUCCAAAGUCAACCACAUCGUCCAGACGUGGAUCAAAGACAUGUCGGCGAAGAAGAUGCCGAAACAGAACGCGGAACUCAUGUCGGGAAAGAUCUUCACAUUCGGCUCCUAUCGGCUCGGAGUGCACACCAAAGGCGCGGACAUCGACACCCUUUUGGUGGCGCCGCGACAUAUCGAGCGCUCCGACUUCUUCGACACCUUCGAGAAGCUGUUGUCUGCGAUUCCCGACUGCGAGUACGUGCGAGCCGUCGAAGAGGCGUUCGUUCCGGUCAUCAAAACCAAGAUCGAAGGCAUCGAACUCGACAUCCUCUUCGCGCGGCUCGCCCUCAAGAACAUCCCUCCCGAUCAGGACCUCCGCGACGGCGCGCUCCUCAAGAAUCUAGACGAGAAGUCCGUGCGAUCGCUGAACGGCUCGCGCGUGACCGACGACAUCCUGCUUCUGGUGCCGAAUCACGAGUCCUUCCGUCUCGCGCUCCGAGCCGUCAAACUGUGGGCCAAAAAGCGCGGCAUUUAUUCCAACGCUUUGGGAUAUUUGGGAGGCGUCUCGUGGGCGAUGCUGGUGGCGCGCACAUGUCAGCUGUACCCGCGCGCGUCGGCCGCCACUCUGCUCCAGAAGUUCUUUCUGGUGUUCCGUCAGUGGCCGUGGCCUAAGCCCGUGCUGUUGCGCCACAACUCGGAAGAUAACCCGAACCUCGGGUUCCCGGUGUGGGACCCGCGCAUCAAUCCCGCCGAUCGCUACCAUUUGAUGCCAAUCAUUACGCCUUCAUAUCCGCAACAGAACUCCACUUUCAACGUCUCCUCGUCCACCAAAUCCAUUAUGACUAACGAGUUCUCGCGCGCCUCCGACUGCAUCGACGAAGUCAUGAGCGGUAAGUCGUGUGCGCGUUGUCUUUGCCCUCCAUCCUCAUCUCUGUCCUCCGCAGGCAAGACCCCGUGGACGACGCUCUUCGAGACGGUCCACUUCUUCACGAAAUACCGCCACUUCAUUGUUCUGCUCGCGACGUCCAACGCCGAGUGGAUCGGUUUGGUUGAGUCGAAGAUCCGAAUCCUCGUCCAGAAUCUGGAACGCCACCGAUGCAUCUCUUUGGCUCACGUCAACCCCAAGUGCUACACCCGCGCAGUCAUUGUUCCCGUUGCGCAGCCGCCGCCCGAAGACCCGCUUCUGCCCGACACGAACACGAGUGCCGACGGAGAGAGCAAAGGAGAGGAGGCGACAGCGGAGCCGAAGACGACGAUAGAGGCGACGACAGAGACGACGACGGAAGUGGAGACCAUGUGGUUCAUUGGUCUCGAGUUCAACAAAGCCGAAGGCAUUAACGUCGACCUCACGCAAGACAUCAAGAACUUCGUGGAAACCGUGACCAAUACGGCAAAGUUCAGCAAAUUCUUCAAACCCGAGAUGACGAUCGACACGAAACACGUCAAGAGAAAAGAGUUGGAGAAGUAUUUGCCGCCAGAAGUGUUCAAAUCGACCAAAAGCUCGAAGACCUCGAAAGCCAACAGUUCGGACGACAACGCCGUCACCAAAGCGCCCGCCUCUACGACCACUCCGGCCGACGGAACGCCCGAAGAGGGCAACAAAGAGGUGAUGCCCGCGGACUCGACUAAUGGCGGACCAGUCGUAGAAAACGUGUGUUCGAGUGAUAAGUGUGUGGAGAGAAGUGUUUUGACGAAAAGCCUUUCCUUUCAGAAUAACUGCCAAAAGAGAGCUCUCGAGGAGGAGAGCGACAACUCG